AUGGCUGGUUUGAAUCCAGUACAGUUAGCACGAUUUUUGAAUGCUAUCACUUUUGUGAAGACAUUCGUGGUACAGUGGACAGUUCGCUGGGAACUCAAAGAUUGCAAGUUCAAAUCACGGACAGGACACUUCUACAAGACAAGGUACGUCUUCAGUAGUCCUGCCCACGGAAUAACACGGUUACUAUGGUGCUACUUUGUACUUCAAGCUGACCACCCUGCUGAUUCCCAGGUGAAGAAAUAUAAACAACUGAAAGCACUUCAUGGUGUUGAUGGCAAACCAUGCUCUACAGAAUCUACAAACAUUGUGAACACAUUUAGUCAGAGUCUACUUGUAGCAAAUGGAGGCUUAGGAAAUGGAGUGCAGAGAGAGGAACUGCAGCAACUUUUCUUUGUCCACGGGAAGGUUACUAGCAUUGCUAUGCCUCCAAGAAAGCCAUAUGCAUUUGUAUGCUUCCAAGAAAUUAAAGAUGCAGAAACAGCUAUUGCUCUUAUCAAUGGUACAGUGUUGACACGUCCCACAGAAAUGUCAACUGAAAAUAUCACUUUGUAUUUGUCAUUUCUGAAGGAAGUACCAAAGGAAAACUUACAAAGUAAUGACAACCUUCCACCAGGGCUUGUACUUGUUAAAGACUUUAUAGAUGCAGAGAUGGAAGACAUGUUGUUGAGAAAUAUUGAUUGGAAUGAAGAGAUGCUGAGUGAAGCAGGAAAUGUUGCACCAAAAACUCUAAAGCACAGACAAGUGAAGCAUUAUGGGUAUGAAUUCCGAUAUGAUAACAACAAUGUAGACAAGGAUAAACCAUUGCAUGAUGGGAUACCUGCAGCCUUGAGGAAGAUUAUCGAUGACAUCAUGGCUACUCAAAAUAUACAGCACGGGCCUAAUCAAAUAACAGUGAAUCAAUACCAACCAGGACAAGGAAUUCCUCCUCAUAUUGAUACCCAUUCUGCCUUUGAAGGUGAGAUUAUAUCUCUGAGUCUUGGCUCUAAUGUUAUUAUGGAUUUUAAGCAUCCUAAUGGACAGCAUAUACCAGUGUUAGUUCCACAGAGGAGUUUACUGGUUAUGACAGGAGAAAGUAGAUAUCUAUGGACACAUGGGAUAACACCAAGGAAGCAUGACGUGGCUCCAGCUGAUACAGACACUGGACUGACUUUAACCAAACGGACACUGAGAACAUCAUUUACAUUUCGUGCUAUAAGACAUGCACCUUGUGAUUGUGAUUUUCCCGCACAGUGCGACUCUCAACAAAAGGAAAUGAAGGAAAAAGAGAGGUUAUUGCCUAAAUCUGAUGACCAAGCCUCGGCUUUAGAGGCAGAACAUGUACAUAAAGUGUAUGAAACCAUUGCUACACAUUUUAGUGACACCAGACAUUCACAGUGGCCUAAAGUUACUAAGUUUAUAAACCAAUUACCAAAUGGAUCGAUUUUUGCUGACAUUGGCUGUGGAAAUGGUAAAUAUUUGGGGAUCAAUACAUCUAUAUUUCAAAUUGGCUGUGAUAGAAGUUCUAAUCUAGUGGAAAUUUGUAGACAAAGAGAUUAUGAAGCGUUUACAUGCGAUGCUUUGUCCGUACCAAUACGGGAUAAUAGUUGUGACGCUGUUAUUUCUAUAGCGGUAAUACACCAUCUUUCAACACAGAAUCGAAUAAAAUCCAAAUAUCUAAAAGAGAGUAAACAUGAGAUGUCUGGUGACUUAGGAGAAAACCUUCAUCACAGAAAACUUACAGCACACGGUGAUGAUCCUGUUGCUGUGGUAGCCAAAAAUAGUAUUGGAAAUAAGACAAAAGAGGGACAUGAUGCAUGUUUAUGUAAGAGUAUUGAGCCAGAUGAGUGUUGCAUCGGAGGUGGCGAGAAUUCAUCUUCCUGUCAAAAGAAUUCAAAAGAUGAUUCACAGAUCCAGAACGAUACUCAGUCUGCUAAGGAUAAUGAGCAGACAAAUAGAGCAAGAAGAGCAGAACCAAUUAAAGACUCAAUAUAUUCAUCCAAUACAUUAUCAGUUCAUGUUAACAGAACCGCUUUUGCGAAACAAGACCUGCUGGUGCCGUGGCAUUUGAAAUCAAAAAAUGGAAAGAGAAACAAUAUUGGAGAAGAAAAUGCAUCAAGCAAAGAUCAGAGUGUCGCUGAGAAUGUGUGCACUAAGACAGUCUUUCAUAGAUUUUAUCACGUCUACAAAGAAGGCGAGUUAGAAAGUCUGUGUCAAGAAUGCAGCGGUGUGCGGAUAGUUGAAGGCUAUUAUGACGAGGGAAAUUGGUGUGUUAUUAUAAAAAAAGAAUGA